CCCCUCUCUCUCUCUCUCUCUCUCUCUCUCUGUCUCUCCCUCACUGUUGGAGAUGGAAAUCGACGAGGCCAUAAGGGCGAGCAGUGACCGCAGGCUGCAGACCAAGUACAACAACGCGGCCUACAUCAUCCAAAGGGCUUUCGCCCUCUAUGAGUUUGAGCAGGUUGCCUUCAGUUUUAAUGGGGGGAAGGACUCAACUGUUUUGCUGCAUCUACUGCGCGCGGGCUAUUUUUUGUAUAAGAAGAAUGCCCAUCAUCCCAAGGGGAGCCAAAAGGACCAUGUGUUAAACUGUCCCAUGCGGACCAUCUACUUUGAGAGCCCUUCGGCUUUCCCGGAGAUAAAUUCAUUCACUUAUGAAACUGCCUCUAUUUAUGACUUGCAAUUGGAAGUAAUUUGUUCGGAUUUUAAAUCUGGUUUAGAGGCUCUAUUAGAACAAAAACCAACAAAAGCUAUCUUCCUUGGCACUCGAAUAGGUGACCCUAAUGCGGUCGGUCAGGAGCAGUUCUCACCUAGUUCAAUCGGAUGGCCACCUUUUAUGAGGGUGAAUCCUAUCUUGGAUUGGUCAUACAGAGAUGUUUGGGCUUUUAUUUCAACUAGCAAGGUUCAAUAUUGCAGUCUCUAUGAUAAAGGAUAUACCUCCAUCGGGAGCAUCUAUGAUACAGUUCCAAAUCCAUUAUUGUGCACUAUUGAUUCUCUCAGCAACACAGAGAAGUUCAAACCAGCAUACCUACUUUCUGAUGGUAGAUUGGAAAGGGCUGGGAGAGCAAGAAAGCGGAAUCAAGUCUCUGAAGCUUCUAUAGAUAUAAGCAACGGCCCAAAUAUCAUUCGUUCACAGCAGAAUGGUGCUCUCAUGGCAUCAAUUAUUGCUGUUGGUGAUGAGAUUCUGUUUGGCAACAUUGAGGAUGAAAUAGCUGGAACAUUAUGCAGAAAACUCCAUGCAAUAGGUUGGCAUGUUUCACAUAAGGCAGUUGUCCGGAAUGAGAUUGAUUCGGUGGCUGAAGAAGUUGAAAACAGGAAAUCCACAGAUGAUUUGGUAUUCUUAUUUGGAGGAGUUGGCCCUUUGCAUUUAGAUGUUUCAAUGGCAGGUGUUGCGAAAGCAUUUGGGACUCGUCUGGCACCUGAUGAAGAGUUUGAGGAGUAUCUGAGGCAUCUUAUAGGCAACCAUUGCACUGGAGACCGUAAUGAGAUGGCUUUGUUGCCCGAAGGCAUUACUGAGUUGCUGCAUCAUGAAAUGCUAUCUGUGCCAUUGAUCAAAUGUGGUAAUGUGGUGAUCCUUUCCGCUACUAAUGCUUAUGAAGUGGAAAAACAGUGGAAUUGUCUCCUAGAAUCGGCAAACACCCCCUUAGUCCAGCUGGCACCAUUCUUCUCAAAGCAUCUUAGCACUAUGCUAUCGGAUGUUGAACUUUCAGAAACUCUGUCCAGAUUGUGCCUCGACUUUCCAGAUCUAAACUUAAGUUGUCAUCGCAAGGCUAGAACAGGGCCUCUCAUCAUCAAUUUUACUGGAAAGGACCAUACGAGAGUUGAGUUGGCUGCGAAGGUGCUUUCUCAGAAAUAUCAUGGAGCAUUUUCUGAAUUCAAUUUUGAGGGAGUUUAGAAAGAAUUCGAAAGGAAGAGCUGUUUUUCUCAAUAGGUGAUGCGCAAAUGUGUUCAACCGAUCAUUCGGAGGACCAAGUUUACUUCACCAGAAUCAAGGUGGUGUUAUUUCUCCAAGACAAAUAUGCCAACAAAUUGUUGGAGCAAAUCAUACAGAAGUAGUUGCAUAAGGAAUUCAAUGCCUGGAGCUUUGAUUCGGAAUUCUCUGCUUUCCCCUGUUAAAUGGCUCUGGUCUUUCCUUUUUCGGUUUUUUAGGCAAAAGACGAAAGAAUCAUCAUAUAGUUAUUUGUAUGACUUGACAAUCAAUGUGUCAUGCUAAUAACGCAGAUUUCAUUAAACUCUUGAAGCUUUUGCUUAAUUCAUAGAUUAUUGAAAUGAAAAUGAACAGAGCAGAGCAAACUCUUUGUUUUUUGUCA